CUUAAGGACUUUCACGCAAGAUGUUUUCAUGUUUGGUCGUGCAUUGCGGUUGGGGAAGCACGUCGCCGCAAUGGUAGUGAGGAUAACUAGCACAAGUGUCUUAUAGCUGACUCUUGGGACAAACUCAUGACCGUUUCAGCGUUACGAACUGCUCCGCUCAUGUUCCAGUCUUAGAAACUGGCCCUGGGGUAGGAGCCCCACAGUAUACUGCAUAUCCAUGAAGGCUUUAUUAUAUAGCACAUUGAAAGGCAACGGACGGCAUACGGCUUUUCAGGUUUUAACCAACGUGCCGAGACGAGGCUUCUGAGUCUCGUGCCUAGAUGGCCAUAGACUGGUUUAAGUGGAAGGAAUCGUUCCAUGUAGCUUUACCAUAUAGCUGCUGCUUGCAGAGCUGACAGAAAGCAGAAACGCCUACAUGCUUCAAUGCAACGAUAGCGAUCCUCACUUUACACGCGACAUGACGCAGUAAAUGAAGUGCGAACUGUGUCGCGAUUAUCCUGGAGGCCGCGCGAGCGCCCCAAUACUGUUCUAGCCCUCAUAGGGCGCCGGCAAAUGCAACCACGGACCUAUAAAACCUUGACGUAUGGUAAACAAACAACCUACCCUUGUUUACCGUCGAAAAACCUUCAUAACUUGACGAAUGACAACAAUUCGCCAGUCGCCGCCCCUGCCCGCGUCAAACGGACCUCUUGUAACAAGAGGUCCGUUUUUUCAUGAGCACACCACGGCCGAGACCGACAUUGACAGGCGGUCGGAUGCCUGUCGGGACAUUGAUGAGGUGGAGCUUUGCGCCGAAACACUCCUGAGGUCGCAUGGGCCCACAGCCGCUGCUCUCCUCGUACACGCAAGCCGUCACGUGCCUGGUCAGCGCCCCACCCCGGUGCUGCCGCUGCGCCACCCUAGCGACGAGCGACUGGCUGCUGUCCUUGAGGCACUUGAGCACAGGGGCGUUGACGUGGCCGCCGCGGCGGGUAGCCUGCUACGCGCCGCCUGCCUGUUCGGGCACGCGGCAGUGGCGCGCAAGGCCCUUGCAAGCGGUUGCUUCGCAUUGCUGAGCGCCGCCGCAACUGCCGCUGUGACUGAGCACCUCGUUGGCGCGGCGGCGGCGGCGGCGGCGAGGCUCGUGGACGGCAGUGAGCCCACCUGCGUGCCGCCAUGCCACCAGACCAGCUACGGAGAUGGCCGCGCGCAACUUGACGCGAGCGGCCGCGGUCGCAGGUUCCGUAGAAGCUGCGGCGGCCCCUCGGCUCCGCCCGCACCGGCUCAGACGCCUCAAGCGCUUGCGGCAGCGCCGCCGCCGGAGGCGCCAGGAUGCACAUCAUCCCGGUCCUGUGCCUCACGGUCUUGUGCCACCUCUGCCACCUCAGCAUCCGCCUGUGGCUGCUGGUGCGCUGCAGGCAAUGGGGCACCGAGCAUGGCCUGCUCCAGCCCCCCAGGCACAAGCUCCUCCGGCUCGUUAGCAGUCCCCAUACAGGACAGCCACGGUGGGUGCCACCCAAGCCCGCCGGGCAUGCCCGUAGCGGCAGAUUGGCUCGCUGGCAGGUCCGAGGCCGCGCGGCACCACAGCCGCUGCGCGGCCGUGCUCACCCCGCCUGCAAGCAGGGGUGGUGAUGAUGCAAUCGCGGAUGACGAGGCACGGGACAUCCGGCCGGACAUAAUGAUAGUGAGCAAGGCCGUGGCAAGCAACGCGGAAGCGGGCAUCCACUCCCCAGCUCCCGCGUCCAGCCGCAGCCCCAGCCCCAGCCCCAGCCCCAGCCCCAGCCCCAGCCCCAGCCCCAGCCCCAGCCCCAGCCCCAGCCCCAGCCCCAGCCCCAGCCCCAGCCCCAGCCCCAGCCCCAGCCCCAGCCCCAGCCCCAGCCCCAGCCCCAGCCCCAGCCCCAGCCCCAGCCCCAGCCCCAGCCCCAGCCCCAGCCCCAGCCCCAGCCCCAGCCCCAGCCCCAGCCCCAGCCCCAGCCCCAGCCCCAACCCCGGGGAGCUCGCGCUGCGUGCGGCCCGCGAGGAGGCACGCCCGCACCUGGAAUACGGCAUGUAUGCAGCCGUGCGGCACGGUCACGUGCUCGUGGUACGGCAAAUCCUGUCGUACAUGGCAUGGACUGGCAUCACGCCGCAUGGCAGCUGCAGCCGCUGCCGAAUCGACGGCGCGUGCAAUGGCGCCCGCCGAGAUGCCGGCACCGCCCGCCGACCAGCAGGCGUGGGAGCGCUGGAUCGGCUGCUUGAGGUGGCGGCGGCGUCCGGGGACACGGAGCUGGCUGAGCUGCUGAUUGACGGCGGCUGGCCAGUGGACGGCGCCGAAGGCGACUUGUCACCGCUGCGUGCAGCCUGCCGCGCCUGCGACGAUGCCAUGGUCUCGCUACUGCUCCGCCGUGGCGCACGCGUCGCGGUGCCGCCGCGGUUUGCACUGCACAUGUGCCCCUGCGGCGACCGCGGCGGCCCUGGCAGGAGCCUGAGUGCCAGCGGCUGUGUGAACCAGUGGUCCGUGCCUGCAGCUGCGGGCGCCGGUCCGGCAGUGAGCACCGAAGGGCCUCCGCUCGCGAUGCUGCUGCAGCCGUGUUCACAGCGACGUCAGCAGACGCAGCAGGGUGCGGUGGUUGAUGGGGCGGAGCAAGCAGGUGGGGACGGAACGGACCCGGCGGCGGCUGUGUGGCGGAGGAGGCCGCGGCGCUGCCUCAGCGCAAGCCACUUGCCACCGGCGGCACUGCCCGAGCCCACGGGCGCACCGCUGCCAACGUCCGCGCUGCACUUUGUGGACUGUCCCGGCAUGGUGCGGCUGCUGCUCACGUGCCGGCCAGAGCUCCGCGCCCAGAUCCAUCUGGACUCUGCGCUGGUCGCGGCCGCGGACCGAGGCAAUGCCGAUGUGGUCGGGGCGCUGCUUGACGCGGGCGCCUCCGCCGCCAUCUUCAGACGCGGCGAGGCCCUGACACGCGCCGUCGUGGUGGGCAGCGCCGCUGUGGUGCGCCUGCUGCUGCGCCGCGGCGGCGCCGCCUGCCAUUUGCGUGGCAACCGUGGCGCUGCGCUUCUUCUUCUUGCGCGCAUGUGGCGCUGUGACGAGGUGGUGAGUGUGCUGCUGCAGGCGGGCGUGGCAUCAGACUAUGGAGUAUCGGUGGUGGCGGGGGCAGCAGGCCAGGGAGCGGCGGCGUCGAGGGCGCCGCCCACUGCGGCUCCACUGAACCACAUGUUCGCAGGAGUUCUCCGUCGCUUUGGCCUGUUGCCAUAAUUACAGCACACAUUAUGUAAACCCGGCGGCCAUGGUUGGGCCCGGCCCAGAGGAAGACCCACCGCUGUAGCAAGCUCACAUGAUAGGGAGUUCACACACGGUAUGCAUGUGCUAUAACUGGAUAUGAUCAAGUAAUGCGGGGCAGCUACGACUGCGUGCCGCCCAGGUGUUAGGAGGACUGGUGUUGCGGUAGGUUGCCCGCCCGCGGUGUCGUACAUACUGACGUGACUUUCCAUCUAGGGUGGCAGACGUGUAGUGCCUAGCUAGUGCCACAACAGGAGUGUGCUGUAGAGUCGCCGGAGUGCAUUUGCCAACGUUUUUGGUAUGAAUGCGACACUGCAAGAAGGGACAUUCCAACCAACGAAGGUGGUGCGCAUCGCACCCACGCCAUGCGGGACCAUCUCCGGCUGACCAGCCCAGAGAGAAACCGCCCUCCCCGUGGCUGGUGCCGACCUUCGCAACACUGCACGUACGAGUCUCUGCACAUAGCGUAUGUUGGGUAUGGAAAUAUGAAUGGGUAGGUUCUACCCUUCGCGGCGGUGCAUGUAGAGGUGCGCCUCAUGCAAGUAAGGCCAUGGCGACAUGAGCGCUGGGCUGAUUAUUAGUUGCAGAUAAUAAUGUAGCAGUGUGGCACUGCCAUUUACACGCUUGCGCGCAUUCGUACAUCCCCUUAUGCACUGUUCUCGUCUUCAUUGUGUCUUUCUAACUGCUAGAGGUUUAGCGUAGGCACGUGCCACUCUGGAGUGGACUGCGGUAUGCUGCUGCUGACAGGUGGCGAGCGAGGUGGCCUUUGCAAGUUUGCGUUUAAUCAAGACAUGUGCAGUGGCAUAUGGUUGCGGGCAUGCGGCAACAAGCACCUUUAGUUCUAUAAGCAGUUACGGUACGUGCUAAGCACUUGUAGUCGCUUUUGGUGGCCGUCGAGUUGUUAGUUUGGACAUAAGUGUGGUGGUACUGAUAUCAUAGAGAGCGAUAAGUAAUGUCACGGCCUGGAUGGGGCAAUCAGGCAACGCCGGUCAGUUGCCAGGCCGCUAGAUACGAGACUCAUUCAACGCGUGGUGCUGUCAAACAUUCCUGACGUGGCACAGUGAUUGCAUUCUGUCACGGCGAAGGUCCGUGAGUACCGUUGGGGCUGUUGGUUACACAGCCGACGUACCGAUAUCCAGUGUUGUGUCUUAUGAUCAAACCCGCGUGCACAGGUUCAUAUCAUAUGUAUGGGUGCACAGUAGCUGCAAACUGGACUGUUGCCUUGAUCUGCAACAAUGGUCAUCGCUCCCCCACCUUUCUCCUCCUCCGCCUUCUCAGCUUCGUCUCGGCGCCGCUUCGGUGCCAUGGCUGGUCCGGACGCGUCCACUGGGGGUUGCGCUCGGACCAGGAAGAA